AUGAGUCCUUAGCCCAGUGGGUCUCUUAGUUGUAAAGCUAGUUUGAGGGUGGGAGGCCAAGAGGGAAGCAAUUUCCAUACAGCCCAUCCUUGAGGAACCCGCCCCCACCUGAUGCCAGAAUAAAGGGGAGCUGGAUCUGGCCUAGGAUUCCAACAUUUAAGAGGAAGCAGGAGGUUAAAAAAAGAUCCAGGCCAACCUAGGCUAUGUAAGAGGUUCAAGGACAGCCUGGAAGGGAAGUGAAGAGAGACAGCACUAUUCAGCAGGCCUCAGACGUCAGCACCCAGAGGAGAGGACAUAUUCCCACACUACCAAGCCAGGUGCACAGGAGUCAGGCUGACCAACCAAGGAUUACAACUACAGAAUCUGCAAGCCAAAGGCUCACUCCACUGGGAUGAGUGUGUUGUCCCGCUGCACUUUGAUAAGGCAGGUCAAUUCUCAUGCUCCUCUCCUCCCAGCACCUCUGAGGUUCUCUGCUGGGCCUCUGCACUGGAACUGGACCCCACAAUGAUGAAGGCCGGGGGUGUCCUCUGGGUCCUGCUUCGAUUGCUGCUGUGGCCAGAGCCAGGGACAGCCUCCUCCUUACCCCUGGUCAUGGACUCCAUCAUCCAGGCCCUUGCUGAGCUUGAGCAAAAGGUGCUGGUGACUGAGGCUAGUGGCACUGCCUCCUCGUGGAUUCUGUCAGCCAGUAACUCCAGUCCCCACAAUUCUCUUCACCAGCACUUGCUUCGGAAGACACCAAGCCACAACACUAUGGAGCCAGAUCCCCACUCACUGAGCCCAGAGCUUCAAGCCCUAAUUUCCGAGGUGGCCCAACAUGUUGUACAAGAUGGGCAGGAAUACGGAGUGGUGCUGGCACCUGAUGGCUCCACUGUAGCUGUGAAGCCUCUACUGAUUGGGCUAGAGGCCGGCUUACAGGAGCACAAUGUUACCAACUUACCUUCAGAGUGCCUGGCCAUGCCUUGUGAUGCUGGAGACACCUUGACAAACAUUGGAGCCAUCUGGCCAGGACUCAUGGAUGCUUCCACAAAUGCCUCUUUUACAGAUGUUGGAGCUACUUUACCAAAUGACAAAGCCAAGACUCCCACUACUGUGGACAGACUCCUGGCAGCCACCUUGGCCAGAGACUUGGGUCUGAUGUUCCUCAACAGUUCCCAGACUCAGAGUCCUCCAGGCCUGGGAACUGAGGGUUGCUGGAACCAGCUUUCUACACGCAGGGUCUUCACACUGUUGGACCCCAAGGCAUCCAGGCUCACCAUGGCUUUCCUCAAUGGUGCCUUGGAUGGAGCUCUGCUUGGGGACCACUUGAGCCGGGUCUCUAAGCCCAGGCCACCCCUCAGCCACCUGCUGAAAGAGUACUAUGGAGCUGGGGUGGCUGGAGAUCCAAGGUUCCGAAGUAACUUCCGAAGGCAGAAUGGGGCUGCUUUGACUUCAGUUCCUACCCUGGCCCAGAAGGUAUGGGAGGCCCUUGUCCUGCUACAGAGGCUGGAGCCAGGACAUCCGCAGUUGCAGAACAUGAGCCAAGAAGAGCUGGCUCGGGUGGCCACCUUUGCUACCAAGGAGUUCACUGAGACUUUCCUGGGAUGCCCAGCCAUUCUCCCUCGUUGCCGCUGGGGAGCCGCGCCCUAUCGAGGCAACCCGAGGCCGCUCCGGCUGCCGCUCGGAUUCUUAUAUGUGCAUCAUACCUAUGUGCCAGCGCCACCUUGCACCACCUUCCAGAGCUGCGCUGCCAACAUGCGCUCCAUGCAGCGAUUCCACCAGAACGAGCGUCACUGGGAUGACAUCGGCUACAGUUUUGUGGUAGGCUCCGACGGCUACGUGUACGAGGGCCGCGGCUGGCGCUGGGUGGGCGCGCAUACGCGCGGCCACAACUCCCGCGGCUUCGGCGUGGCCAUCGUGGGCAACUACACUGGGUCACUGCCCAGCGACACGGCGCUAAACACGGUGCGCGACGUGCUCCCGAGCUGCGCCAUUCGCUCAGGCCACUUGCAGCCAGACUACAAGGUGCUCGGCCACCGUCAACUAGUGCACAGCGACUGCCCCGGGGACGCGCUCUUCAACCUGCUGCGCACCUGGCCUCACUUCGCAGAGGCUGAAAAUUAAGAACUCCUCUGAGGGAGCCUUGGAGAGCCAGGAGGUGCUAUCCUGGAUGAUGCUCUGAGCAUCCACUGACCUCCAAUAAAGGAACCUCUGAAAAGAAGUAUCUGUGAGCAUCAUCACACUUUGACUUUACUCAAAAGCCAACUCAGAUUAAAAUGCAACAGAGAACCUA